GGGAAAUUUGCACAUGCAGGCGCCGAGUCACCACAACCAGCAGACACUCGCGCCAGGCUGAGCGAGCGGCACCUUCACACACUAAGCCAAGAUCAAUGUGCGGCUAGUAACCUCCUUUAUAAGCACACAUACUCGCCUCCUGCUGCCCUCCUACGUGUUGCAUGAGUCAGAACAUGCGCGAGGGGAGUUGAAUGUUUCGUAGGACACGCGUAUAUAGGUGUGGGAGGUCGUGGGGUGUGGUAAUAGAAGGGAGAACUGAGAACAGGGUUGAGCAUCUGUGGCGCAAGAGUGAGAGAGAACCUGCGCGGAGGCUGUCACUUCGUUCAUGUAAACAAAACAGGGACACCCGCAGGACAUGGAGCCCCUGGAGCUGGUGCCUGGCCGCUACAUCGGGGAAGGACAGCCUUGUUUUGUCAUCGCGGAGAUCGGACAGAACCACCAGGGGGACAUUGAUAUCGCCAAGACACUCAUACGCAGAGCUAAGGAAUGCGGCGCCGACUGCGUGAAGCUGCAGAUGUCCUCUCUGUCGCACAAGUUUAACCGGGAAGCCCUCAGCCGCCCCUACGACUCAGAGCACUCCUGGGGCGAGACUUACGGCGACCACAAGAAGCAUCUGGAGUUUUCGGUGGCACAGUUUCAGGAGCUUCAAGAAUACGCGAACGAGAUUGACAUGCCUCUCACCGCCUCAGCCAUGGAUAUUCCUUCCAUCCACACCCUCUGCGCCCUCAACGUGCCCUUCAUCAAGGUGGGCUCCGGGGACGUGCACAACAUGCCUCUGCUCCGCACCGCCUCCACCUCCAACAGACCAGUCGUCGUCUCCACAGGUAUGUCAGAUAUUGGCUGGGUGUCGCAGGUGUACGAGGCCCUCACCAACCCCCCCGUACCCCUGGUCAUCCUGCAGUGCACCUCCGCCUACCCCACGCCCCCAGACCAGGUGCACCUCCGCGUCAUCGAUACCUACGCCCAAAUGUUCCCUCACGCCCACAUCGGCUACUCCGGCCACGAGCUGGGCAUUCACAUCACCAUCGCCGCCGUCGCCAGGGGAGCUAGGGUCGUGGAGCGCCACCUCACGCUCAACAAGACGUGGAAGGGGAGUGACCACGCGUGUUCCCUUGAGCCCCACGACCUGAGGGAGCUGGUGACGGCCAUCAGGUGCGUGGAGGCGGCGCUUGGCAGCCCCCUCAAGGCAUUCCAGCCCAGUGAGGAUCCCUGCCACAGCAAGCUUGGGAAGACACUGGUAGCUGCAAGACCCAUCAAGGCAGGACAGAAGCUUCAAGAGGACGAUCUAGUGGCCAAGGUAGCGGAGCCUAGGGGAAUAGCGGCUUACAGGUUGGAAUCACUGGUGGGUGGUUACUUAAACAGAGACGUGGAGCUGGACGAGAGUGUAAUGGAGGCUGACGUGUUGUGAGGCAGCGGUGCGCGUGUUUGUUGGGGUACAAAAGUGUUGUCUCAUGGCCUUGUAACUUUAGUGUGAGUGCGUGAUUGUUGUUGUCGUUCCUGUGUGUAUGUGUGUGUGUGUGUGUGUGUGUGUGUGUGUUCCUAUUGUUUAUUGACUAUUACUGCUUCUAUUA